AUGAAUAAUACUAAUCCAAUAGAGUUUUUGUUUUGCGAUUUGGUGAAGUUGUUGAGCGUUUUUUUUUAUAACAAUAAUUUAAAUCGUUCAUCAAAUAACAAUAAUACAAAUACAACAACUACUACAACAACUACUACUACAACAACUACCACAACAACUACUACAAAUAAUACAAAUCCAGUAAGGUUAACUUCAACAAGAAACACACACCGCUCAAAAGCUGGUAAGCUAGUACCAGUAAAAAACUCUUAUCUCUACAAAGAUGUGACUGAGGAAGAGCUUAUGCUUUUUCUUGCUAUUACGGUACAAAGCCAGGUGGGACAUGUCCAAUGA